UUUCCGUUUUCGUAUGCAACGACGAUUCUCUCUCUAUCUUUCAGCAAGAAAAGAAAAAAAUCCUAACUUUUUUGGAUCGUCUGCGUUUAAUUGUUUAACUUCUUCAGGAAAUUCACAAUCUUUCUGGGGUUUAGAAGAAACCCUUUUGGUUUCUGGCUGCAAAAACUUAGCUUUAUCUCUAUACUCAUACAUUUGGGUUUUAUUCAUCUCCCUGAAUCUCUCCGGGUGAUAGAACCUGAAGAUUCCUGGGUUUGAUGCUUAGGGAUCAAUCAGGAUAUAUAAAGAUUGGUUCUUUGUAAAUGUCAUGUUGUGUUAAAUCAUUAUUGAGUGAACCAAAGGAAGAUUUAUCAUUAUGGGAUGCAUUUGCUCAAAAGGAGCAGCAGAAGAAGAAAACGACGUUGCUUUUCAUCGUCAGAAAGGAAACGAGUAUUGGAACAAAUCUUCCUCAGUCCAAUUGAUUGCUCCUCUGCCUUCAAAUAAAGACGAUUUCUCGCAUAAAGCCGUUGAUGGAAGCUCUGGUGGUGGAAGAAGAGCGAGCGGUUUGAUUGUUCCUAUAGAUGAUAGCCAUGAUGGUAAAACAGUGAUUGUAGAGAGACCUUCAAGGUCUCAUCGAGGAAGAAGAGUCUCAGACAAUGGCAAAGGAGGAGGAUUGAUUAUUUCGAAUGUUCCUCGUAGCGCAGAAGCAGAGCUUAUUGCAGCUGGAUGGCCGUACUGGUUAACCUCUGUUGCUGGUGAAGCCAUUAAAGGUUGGGUUCCUCGUCGUGCAGAUUCCUUUGAGAAGCUUGACAAAAUUGGACAAGGGACUUACAGCAUUGUGUAUAAGGCUCGGGAUCUUGAGACGGGCCAAAUAGUGGCGAUGAAGAAGGUGAGGUUUGCUAAUAUGGAUCCAGAAAGUGUGAGGUUCAUGGCUAGAGAAAUCAACAUUUUGCGGAAACUCGACCAUCCAAAUGUUAUGAAGCUCCAGUGUCUUGUCACUUCAAAGCUAUCAGGUAGCUUGUACCUUGUGUUUGAGUACAUGGAGCAUGAUCUUUCAGGUCUCGCUCUUAGGCCUGGUGUCAAAUUUACGGAGCCAGAGAUCAAGUGUUUUAUGAAACAAUUACUUUGUGGACUUGAGCACUGUCAUAGCCGUGGAAUCUUGCACCGUGACAUCAAAGGUUCGAAUCUUUUGGUAAACAAUGAUGGAGUUCUCAAGAUUGGAGAUUUCGGUCUGGCGAGUUUUUACCAUCCAAAUCAUGAUCAGCCGCUGACUAGUCGUGUAGUCACCUUGUGGUACAGAGCACCUGAGCUUCUACUGGGAUCCACAGAGUAUGGACCGGCCAUUGAUCUCUGGAGCGUUGGUUGCAUUCUAGCAGAACUCUUUGUAGGUAAACCAAUCAUGCCGGGAAGAACAGAGGUGGAGCAAAUGCAUAAGAUCUUCAAGCUAUGCGGUUCACCAUCCGAUGAUUUCUGGGAAACGACAAAGUUUCCACAAGCUACAAGUUACAGACCGCAACAUACUUAUAAACGUGUCCUCCUAGAGACGUUCAAGAACUUACCAUCUUCUUCUUUAGCUCUCCUUGACCAGCUUCUAUCAGUAGAACCAGAGAGAAGAUGCUCAGCUUCUUCGACUCUAAUGAGUGAGUUUUUUACAACGGAGCCACUCCCUUGUCACAUAUCAAGUUUGCCUAAGUAUCCGCCAAGCAAGGAACUUGAUGCCAAGAACCGGAACGAAGAAGCAAGAAGGAAAAAAUCUGAAGCUGUCAAGUGGCGUGGACACGAAUCUGUGAGAAGAGGUUCAAGAGACUCCAAGGUAACACCGGAGUUCCUUGCUUCAGGGCAUUCAAAUGUCUCAAUCAACACUCCGGUUGGGUUCAAGAAAGACAGAGGCAAGCCCUUUUCUGAUAACAAUUCAGCGAUCCAUACCCCAACAUGGAAUAAGAAUGAAAGCUCUAGCAAUGUAGGAGAGGUGAAGGCUAGCCGGUCAAACAACGUGCCUGGUACAAUGGGAGAUUACUUAUCUAGCUCCUCACAAAAGGAAAACGUAGCUUCAAGACAACCCACAACGACAUACAUGCGCAAGAAGAACAGAAUGCACUAUUCAGGUCCGUUGAUGCCUCCCGGUGGUAACAUUGAAGACAUGAUGAAAGAACAUGAGAGAAGAAUCCAAGAAGCUGUACGCAAGUCCCGCCUUGAGAAAUCUGCAACAAAGAAGAACAAAGAUAUCUCAGUCAAGGCAUGUGCUUAGUGAAGCAUGAAACAAGAAAAAAACUGAGAACAUGAACUAGACGAUCUCAUAACUCUGUUUAUGUGGUCUUUGCACAUGGGCAACCUCUGUUUCAUGCUCUGCUCUCUCUUUCUCAGACAUUUCCUUUGGUUAGGGGAAGCAAACAGAUGUGUAUAAUUAGAACAACUGGUUUAGUAAG